AUGAUACAGGGAAGGGUCGGAGAAGUUUCGGAAGUAGCGAAGACCAUCGCCUUCCUGGCCUCGCCAGACGCGUCCUUCAUAACCGGCGCACUGGUGCAAGUCUGUGCAGGAGCAUCCGUGAGUCUUCUGGGGACUCAUGUGGAUACUUGUCACUACUUAGGUCAGGAUGGUAUGGGCGAUGUACCAGAUCCUGACCCUCCCUCUGCUGACUUGGUACAGACUGAACAUGCUGUCAGUGCAUUAUUGAGGUUAUCCGGAGAAUAUCCAGGUGAGAUCAACUUGGUUGCAAUUAGGCUCACUCAUAUGUCUCUAACUGUUGUAUAAUCUUGAUUUCCUACAUCUAUUGCAGGCCUUGGAAAUGUAACUCCUUUAGCAGAGUAUAACUUCUGGUGUGACCCAGAAGCAGCCCAUGUUGUUCUGAAAGGAUAUGACAGCUUGUUUCCUAUCACAGUAAUCCCUUGGGAAACUUGUGUCCAGGACCAUGACAUAUCAUGGGACACCUGGAUGGAUAUUUGUGCCAUACCAACAAAACGUGGACAAUUCCAUGCUGCAAUACAGCAACAGAUGAUUGCAAAACAGAAGCACCACAGAUUGUUUUCUGCACAUUCCCACACUUACGACCUCUAUGCAGUUGCAGUAGCACUGUUCCCUGAGGUUUUAUACAAGACACUAGAGGUCUACGCCAGGGUUGAGUUAAAGGGGGAAAUUACCAGGGGUCAGAUGGUGUGUGAUUGCAAUGACAAAUGGGCAAAACAUCCAAAUGUACGAGUUGUCAAGAAACUUGACCUGCCAUCAGUGUUGAAUAUGCUACGUAGAGCUCUAGAAUAG